AUGCCAUUUCUUGGCCGGGAAAAGGGUCGUAGUCCGAGGGCUCGCAGGUCGGAUGACGAAUUCGUUGUGUUUCUUCAAGGAAUUCCUGCCCAUUGUCGAUGGCAAGAACUGAAGGACCUCGUCCGCCAGACGGCUUUACAUAUCAGACAGGCCGUUGUAUAUGAUGAUAGCCAUGGGUUCCCGACCGGCCUCGGACAGAUCAUUGUCAAGAAUGAAGAUGAAGCGUGGCGAACCUACCAUCGGCUCUCAACAAAUGGGUGGGAAGGCCAGAGCUUGGUUGUGACAUUGGCGCGCACCAGUGCUCCCACCAAGCCUAUCGCUGGGCCUACGCGAAGCCCCCCGGCCAUGAUACACUCGAGCUUCACUUCGGGUCAUUCUACGCCUCCUCGAUCCCAAGGCAAUACGGCCAUGCCUCCUUCACCCAUCUCACCAGAAUCUACACAGUCGACUAGUCCACCCUACUCUUAUCCCGAAUACGGGUCGAUGAUGGGACCCGUGCCGAUGACACCACAACAGUUCAUGCCCAUGAUGCCGGAUCCGAUGCAAUGCUUCCCGCCUUCCCCAAUGAUGCAAUGCUCAAUGUAUGAUGCGGCCGGUUGGGGAAUGAUGCCGAUGUAUCCCGUGUCGCCAAUCCAGCCUCUCCCUGAUACCCGAGGAGACAACCAUCACCCUCACCCACGCAAGCCAUGUUCAAAACAAACCAGUUCUAGUACGCCGCUGAGUGAUCUAGCCGACCGAGUCGUUUUGGUUGAGAACCUCAGCACUGCGUCCACCACCGCAGACCUGAGGAGCCUCUUGCAAGGCGCUGGGGUUGUGGAACAAUGCAAUGUGACAGUCACUGCCGACGCGGAUGGUAAACAAGCCCGAACUCAUGGCUCGGCAAUCAUGCAGACUAUCCAAGAUGCUAAGCGAACAGUGUCAACGUUGAAUAACUUGACCUUCAUGGGCUCCCGAAUCCGCGUCAAGCUGGACAAGCCCCCGAGCAUUUCACGCAGUGGAAGCUGGGAUGGGGCGAUGGCCGCUCAGGGGGACGCGCAUCCUGCAGUGGACCAAAACUCCGAGUGUAGCGAGUGCGGACAGGGUAUCUCUCUCAGUAAAUUACGGGAUGUUAAUCAGCCAUUGGUAGUCGAUGGGUCGGGUCAACAGAGUCGCUCAUUAGAGAUGCUGUCUACUUCGGCUCCCACGUAA